UGUCCCCGGGAUGAGGAGAGGACGAGAGUUUGAGCAGUAGAGAACAGGGAAAUGAAGUUGUCAGACAGGCCAGCCCAGCAACUCUCGCUCCACAACUAGGCAGCUAGCAAGUUAGGUGACAGGCGGUCACGAGUGGAGAUUUAUAUGAAAUCAAAUAGCUAUGAAGGUCGUUGGUUUGAGCAACUUGUAGCUACAAUUGUUACGUAUUAGAGAGCUACACCCGGAGAUCUCAGAUAACGUUCAAAGUAGCGUUACAGUGGACAAAAGUGGGGACAACUUGCUAGCCUGCUAGCUAACCUUUAGCCUCCGAGCCUCCUUCAGCUUCAACACCACAGUUCACUCGAGUUUUGGGCUUGUAAAACCAGCUUUCAGUCAUGCCUUUUCCUUUUGGGAAAUCUCAGAAGAGUCCUGCUGAUAUAGUGAGGAGUUUGAAGGAGAAUGUGGCAUACAUGGAGAAGAUGGAUGCUGGGGACAGCAAAAAGUGUGAAAAGGUUGCAGAGGAAGUGUCAAAAAACCUGGCUUCACUGAAGGAGGUACUGAGUGGAACAGGUGACAAGGAGCCUCAAACUGAAGCGGUUGCCCAGCUUGCACAGGAGCUGUACAACACCAACCUCCUCAUUGCCCUCAUUGCAAACCUGCAGAGGAUUGAUUUUGAGGGGAAGAAGGAUGUGGUUCAUUUGUUCAGCAAUAUUGUGAGACGUCAGAUUGGCACCCGUACACCCACGGUAGAAUACAUCUCUACUCAACAACAGAUCCUCUUCAUGCUUCUGAAAGGAUAUGAGAGUGCAGAAGUGGCUCUGAACUGUGGGAUGAUGCUGAGAGAGUGCCUGCGUCACGAGCCUCUGGCACGGACGGUGCUCUUCUCUGAAGACUUCUACUGCUUCUUCCGUUACGUAGAGCUCUCGACCUUUGACAUUGCCUCAGACGCUUUUGCCUCAUUUAAGGAUCUCCUCACAAGGCACAAGAUUAUGUGUGCGGAUUUCCUUGAGAACAAGUAUGACAGGGUGUUUACAGAAUACGAGAAACUCCUGCACUCUGAGAACUACGUCACCAAACGACAGUCUUUGAAGCUCCUUGGGGAACUUCUUCUGGACAGGCACAACUUCACUGUGAUGACGAAGUACAUCAGUCGGGCGGAGAACCUGAAGCUGAUGAUGAACUUGCUCCGAGACAACAGCCGAAACAUCCAGUUUGAGGCGUUCCACGUGUUCAAGGUAUUUGUUGCAAACCCCAACAAGACUCAGCCCGUGCUGGACAUCCUGCUGAAGAACCAGACCAAACUCGUGGAGUUCCUGAGUCACUUCCAGAUCGACCGGUCAGAGGACGAGCAGUUCUGCGACGAGAAGAACUAUCUGAUUAAGCAGAUCCGGGACCUGAAGAGGCCCGCGGCACCAGAGGAAGCUUAAAGUGCCCCGGAAACAAGCGCUCCUUCAGGUGGUAGAGGUUUUGGGUGGUGGUGGCUGGAGCUGCAGAGAGAGAGAGAGAGAGAGAGAGUCUAAAAAGAAAUGCUUCAUUAAAAUCUUAUUAACUACAAAAUAUAGGAAAAAAAGUACUUCCUUCACUUUCUUUUUUUAUUUUUAUUUUAGUUUGGAUGUGAAGGUGAUUUCCAUCCAGCAACCUGAGUGGGCCAAUAACUGUUAUUUAAACCAUAGUGCUUCUUCUUCUUCUUCUGUAGUGAUAAUGAAAAGUCCGUUCUUGUAAUGUUGGACCUUUAAACUGUUACCCUUCCCACCAUACACCGAUGCUGGCAGCGAGCGUAGAAUGACAGAAACGUCGCCCCCAUUCACAGCCAACGUGUGAUCUUUAAAGUCUUUCCCAGAAAUCAUGUCUAUAUUUUAGAGAUGGAGAAGUAAAUAUAUUAUUUUUCUAAUGUAACUUCAAGGUAAACGGCUUAAAACACACUCUCUCUGAACAUUUAGUCCUGCAUAGGUUUGGUUUAUUGCCUUAUUGUAAGCUGUUGUGUCGUACAGGGACUUUAUUGAUUUUCUUAGAUUGGCAGAGCGACACGUGGAUCAUCGUGGCCGGGUCAGCACAUAGCCAUGUUUUUGGUGAUUCAUAGUUAAUAGGCCUUUUGGUUGCGUGUGUAAGGUCAGAGAUGCUCCUGCAGUGCCGUGCUUGCCGAUGCAUUAGCUGGCACAGGAAGAGGAUUUCAAAACCAUAGAGGAAUCAAUUAAUAAUGCUGCAAUUCUGUUAUGUUUUUUAGGCUGCGCACAGCGAGGCUUACAUGACUGAAAUAGAAGCAUCAGAUAAUGCUGCAGGGUAGCAGCCACCCAUUCAAUGCUAAAACGGACAGCCAGGAUACAGCGAUUGAUCUCAGUGAAGCCUCUCGUACACAAGCACAGAUAGAAAGCAUCAUUUAAAAACAAUGAUUUAACUCCAUUUGAAACUACUUGACAGUUCUCAUUUAAACACUGCUUAACGUAACAUAUAAUGCAGUUUACAAGGAGGUGCUGCCCAUGAAGAUGCAUCAUGAGUAUGUUACACUGUAAGUCUAUCAUCAUGAAGACAUUCCUUUCUUUUUUUUCAUUUGAUGCAUAUUGAACAUCUGUUGCACAGGAUUUGAGAAUAUUAAAUAAUAGACUUUUAAUUUGACUGGAAUAUUUUGCCAAAACAAACAUCAUUACAUGUAAACUCAUCUGUACAUUAGUAACGCCAAACCUAAAGAAUACCAAAAGGAAAGGGGCUGGCAGAGGCGAACACCAAACUACUUCAUGUUUUUCUCUUUAUUUUAAAACUGAUUAUAAUAAUCGUUUUUUAUAGAUUGAAACGGUAACUUUUAAUGGCGUAUUUUUGUAGGCCAGACCCGGAACUGAGACUAGCAAGGGCUCCCUCGAAAAAAAGCAAUUGGAUUUCCCCAUAAGAUUACGGUAGAUGGCAUAACAUAAGCUUUGUGCCUAACACACAUUUAAGAUACUUACAUGUUAAAUUCAGCUGGACGAUCUCCAAAUAUAAACAGCACUUUGUGAAUUUGAAGCGUAACUGCAAUCGGCAGGAAGAAAAAAUACCGUAAUGCUUUAAAUGAUGGCGUUAAGUAGAGUAAUUUAGCCACUUGUUAGCAACCGUCUACACAUAGAAGCUCGGGACAUUCACAAGUAGAAUAAUGACUAAUGUAUUUUAUUGAUGUUUACAACAAAACGAGCAAAUCCCUCGUGUUAAUUACUUAUUUUAGACCAAACGUGGUAAAAGAGCAGUGGUAAAUUGCUACGUGUUCUCCGGGUUUUAGGACUCAUUACUGCACCCCGAUAUAGGACACACUGUAACAUGCCCAUGAUGCAUCGGAAGGCGCGCGUCCUAUCAGAUGUCAAUACAUUGCCAGAAUAACCACAUGCACUUUUUUUAAGAGAGAGACUGACUUUCUUGAGUUCCUCGCGUGCAUCACUGAUUAGUUGUAUUUCUUUAAAGAAAAGUUGAAAUGAUUGCCUUACUUCCCCCAUUGUCACUAAAAUGACACAUUGGGGAUUUCAAGAAAUAUGUUGUCUGUGCGCACAGUCUCCUAGUAUAUACCUCAUGGGAUUUGAGUUUGCAAAUGCUGUGUUCUCUUUCCUUUUCCUUCCUUAGACAAGAUAUUUUAUUUGACAGUUUCAAAUACACAACAGUGGUUUGUAUGCAUGCCUAAACUUGAUGUAUAUGUUCAAACUUGAACGGGACCUGGUUUUCACAAUGGAAAGCUAGAUUUUUUGAAACUUAAAUAUUUCAUUGGGUGGCGCCACACACACGUUAAUUCAUAAUGAAUUGCAGUGUGGUGCCUUGUAAUGAACAUUGCCUUAUUUAAAGACAUUUAAUGGAUCGUAAUGUAAAAUCAAUUCCAGACCUUUUUAAAACCAAAGUCAAAAUGUACAUUUCAACUUCCAAAAUGCACUAGUUAAUUUCUCCACGUCUAGUGUAGCUUUAUCAUUCGCUCAAUGUGAUCUCAUGAGUGUGGACAUAUGUUUUAAUAGACUACGCUCAGUUGUGGUUAAUUAACUUCUUUUUUUUUUUUAAAUCACUAUUUGGUACACUGCACCAAAUAGUCACAAGGUCAGCAUUAACGGAUCCAUUUGAAAUUUGGGAACUCUGCUGUGAAUGUGGUACAUUAUGCACAAAUAGACUGAAGUCCUGCACACAGGGCACUGUCAUGUCACCAGUUUAUGAAAGAAAGUUUGUCUGAAAGUCUGUUUUCUUUAAAAUACCCUUACGGUGAUCAACUUUUCAACUCCUCUGUGAUUACUAAUGUGAAACAACAUUUGUCAAAAAUGAUACUAAUGAAUCAGACUUAACCUGCAUGCACAAGAGUCGUUAUUUAUAUCUUAUUGAGCACAAACACACUUACAGCUUGCUGGCAAAGUGUUGCGUAACUGGCUGUUAUAAUAUCCAAGAUUAUUUGACUUUUGUGUGAGAAAAAAACUGAACAAUGAGAAGAAUAUUUUUAAAUUUGGUCAUACAAGCUUUCUUAGUGUCAUGACGUGCGCUUUGGAGAGGACGUGCUGUACACAGUCCUCCCAUCAAGGGGCGCUGUUGGCAACAUUUGGUUCUACUAAAACAAAGCAUUUCAUGUUUCUCUAACCCUACCUCUAAUAUGAGUUUAUAAAUCACUGGCAAUAUUAUGUAGACGUCAAAACAAAUUCCUUAUGAUCAAUACUAUAUAUUUCAUGAUUUAGGGGUUUUCUGUUUUAAAUAUUUGUUGUGCUUUACUUUCUUUUCUUUUUUUUUUACUCUUGUUGCCUUCUCUUUUCCCCUCCUUCUCUUUCCUUUAUUUACCAUGGGAGCGAAUUAUGUGUACAUAACUUUAUAAAGGAUAAAAGUGUGAAAGCAUUCAUGAAAAUAAAACUUUAUGGCAAUUUA